AUGGCCAACUCUACUAUAGUUUCUAGUGAACAUCCCGACAAGAGCGUUGCUAGCCAGGAUGAAAACCCUGUAAGCAGAGUACAAUUCUCUGGUGAUGCAGACGAGUUCGUACUGAUUGGGGGCCACAAGUACCACAGACAUGAAUUGAUGCAAGCCUUCGGAGGAAAUUUGAACCCAGGUUUAUCUCCUUAUCCUAAGAGAACUAUCAACCCAGUGCCUGUGGGCCUUGCUGCCUUUUCGUUGACUUUGUUCGUAUUCUGUAUGUACACUGCUGAAGCUAUGGGCAUUAAAAUUCCAAACGUUAUGAUUGGAAGUGCCUGCUUCUAUGGUGGUACAGUUCAAAUGUUAUGCGGAAUUCUCACUUUCCUUAACGGAAACACUUUUGGAGCAACAGUUAUCACUUCUUUUGGAGCUUUCUGGCUCUCCUUUAUGGCCAUCUUUGUUGAAGACUUCGGUAUUGCUCAAGCUUAUACUGAUCCAAAGAUGUUCUCGAACGCAGUUGGUUUUUUCCUUUUGGGAUGGGCUAUUUUGAUUUGGGUUCUUACUAUUCUCACAUUGAAGUCUACUGUUCCAAUUUUUGCAUUCUUUUUCCUCUUGGCAUUGGCAUUUACUUUAUUGUCCUCUGGAUAUAUGGUCAAUAGGGUAAAUGUGAAAAAAGCUGGAGCAAUUAUUGGAGCUGUGGAUUCCUUCAUUAGUUGGUAUCUUGCCUUUGCAGGUACUUCCAACAGGCAGAACUCGUACAUCACUUCUUACCACUUGCCAAUGCCUACAUUUGGCAAGAAGGGUGCCUUUGAACACAAACCUUUCCGGGGACCACAAUUAUAA